AUGCGGGCCGUGGCUGCUGCGGGGCACCCAGCGCACGCCUCGCGCGUCCAGCCGGCCGUGACUGGCGUCAGCGUCGAGCGCACAGGGCCCGCGGCCCGCCGCGGCGGCAGGGGCCAACGACUGCGCGCGCCUCCGCGGCUACAGGAUCCCCACGUGGGGCAGACGCGGUCGCCGCGCAUCACGGAGCACCCGAGCGACGCGCUGGUGGCCCGCAACGAGCCGCUGACGCUCAACUGCAAGGCGGACGGGCGGCCGCCGCCGGCGGUCACGUGGUUCAAGGACGGCGAGCCGGUGCGCACGUCGCCCGCCGACGCCAAGUCGCACCGCGUGCUGCUGCCCGCCGGCUCGCUCUUCUUCCUGCGCGUCAAGAAGGAGACCGACGCCGGCGUCUACUGGUGCGUCGCGCGCAACGUCGCCGGCGUCGCCACCUCCCGCAACGCCACCCUCUCCGUAGCCGGUGAGUACCGCCGCUCUCCCAGGCUUGCGCACCUCUGCCCUGUCUACGUCGACUUCUGCUGUUGUACUCCGUAA